AUGGUGUUCAAGCUAGACGGGAAAGGAAACGCUGUUUACACUCAAGACAUUGGAGAUCUCGUCAUUUUCCUCACCAAGUCUGAGCCUCUUUGUGUCCCUGCUAGCUCCUUUCCCGACAUGCGUCCUAACCGCGUCAAGAUCUUGGAUGUCGACGAAACCACAGUUCCAUGCGUCCUAAUCUUGGAUGUCGAUGUAACCGCAGUUGUAGAUCUGGCUGCUCAGAUGUGA